GAAGCGCCAGCCAUGGGCCCCGCGGCGCGGCUGGCGGCGCUACUGGUGCUGCUGGCGCUCAGGCCCGGGGGACCGGCGGCACGCGGGGACACAUUUUCCGCGCUGACUAGCGUGGCGCGCGCCCUGGUGCCGGAGCGCCAGCUUCUGGCACUGCUGCGGCGUUACCUGCGUGGGGAGGAGGCGAGGCUACGGGACCUGACCAGAUUCUAUGACAAGGUGCUUUCUUUGCAUGAAGAUUCAUCAACCUCCGUGGCUAAUCCUCUGCUUGCAUUUACUCUCAUCAAACGCCUGCAGUCAGACUGGAGGAAUGUGGUGCAUAGUCUGGAAGCCAGUGAGAACAUCCAAGCUCUGAAGGAUGGUUAUGAGAAAGUGGAGCAAGACCUCCCAGCCUUUGAGGACCUUGAAGGAGCAGCAAGAGCCCUGAUGAGGCUGCAGGAUGUGUACAUGCUCAAUGUGAAAGGGAUGGCCCGAGGUGUCUUCCAGAGAGUCACUGGCUCUGCUGUUACUGACCUCUACAGUCCCAGACGACUUUUCUCCCUCACAGCAGAUGACUGUUUUCAAGUUGGCAAGGUGGCCUAUGACAUGGGGGAUUACUAUCACGCUAUUCCAUGGCUGGAGGAGGCUGCCAGUCUCUUCCGAGGAUCUUAUGGAGAGUGGAACACAGAGGAUGAGGCAAGUCUAGAGGAUGCCUUGGAUCACUUGGCCUUUGCCUAUUUCCAGGCUGGAAAUAUUUCAUAUGCCCUCAGCCUCUCCCGAGAGUUUCUUCUGUACAGUCCAGACAAUAAGAGGAUGGCCAGGAAUGUCUUGAAAUAUGAAAGGCUCUUGGCAGAGAGCCCCAAACAGAUGGUAGCUGAAGCUGUCACCCAGAGGCCUAAUGUUCCCCACCUGCAGACCAGAGACAAGUAUGAGGGACUGUGUCAGACCCUAGGUUCCCAGCCUACUCACUACCAGAUCCCUAGCCUCUACUGCUCCUAUGAGACCAACUCUAGCCCAUACCUGCUGCUCCAGCCUGUCCGGAAGGAGGUCAUCCACUUGGAGCCUGAUGUUGUCCUCUAUCAUGACUUUGUCAGUGACUUGGAGGCUCAGAAAAUUAGGGGCCUUGCAGAACCAUGGCUACAAAGAUCAGUGGUGGCAUCAGGGGAAAAGCAGUUACAAGUGGACUACCGCAUUAGCAAAAGUGCCUGGCUGAAGGACACCGUUGACCCAAUGCUGGUGACUCUUGACCAUCGCAUUGCUGCCCUUACAGGCCUUGAUGUCCAGCCCCCAUAUGCAGAGUAUCUCCAGGUGGUGAACUAUGGAAUCGGAGGACACUAUGAGCCUCACUUUGAUCAUGCUACGUCACCAAGCAGUCCUCUGUACAGAAUGAAGUCUGGGAACCGAGUUGCAACAUUUAUGAUCUAUCUGAGUGCAGUGGAAGCUGGAGGAGCCACAGCCUUCAUCUAUGCCAACUUUAGCAUGCCUGUCGUUAAGAACGCAGCACUGUUUUGGUGGAACCUGCAUAGGAGUGGUGAAGGGGAUGGUGACACUCUUCAUGCUGGCUGUCCUGUCCUGGUGGGGGAUAAGUGGGUGGCCAACAAGUGGAUACAUGAGUAUGGACAGGAAUUCCGCAGGCCCUGCAGCUCAAGCCCUGAAGACUGAAAUGUUGGCAAAGAGAACCUGGUUAAGUCCUAUGGCUUCCCAAAGAAGCCAGAAGCCAAAAGCUUGGCUAGGAAAGGAGAAAGGAGAGCAGCCUUCUGGAAGAGGGCUCUUGUCAGCAUGGGCCUGUUCCUUGAAAAUGGAGGACCAAGAAGUGGUCUUUACCAGGAGACAUUUGUUUCUCUUCAAACCAUUUGGACACUACAAAGGAGAGGGUGAUAGAGGCCCAAGAGAAGUUUCUGGAGCUCAGAUAUUAUUUGUUGGGACUAGGACAUAUUGACAGUCUCUAAGGUGUGGACCAUGGGGCCUCUGCCACUUUGAACCUUGACAGGGACUCAGAAGUGGCAAUGAGGGUGCCUAUAGGAGGGGACUAGCCUGACUUCCAUGUCAUUAAGCCUUUCUCCCCACUGACUUCUGCUGGAAACGUAGCAGCAGGGAGUGUC